AUGGCACGCAUCGAGAACGACCAAGAGAUUGCUAUUCGGCUCCCUACUCGCGCCGGAAAGUUCGUUACAGCUCGCCGUUGUAUCAACGACCUGCCCUUGGACGUACUCAUCACCAUAUUCAAGAUGGUAUACUUCAACUCUCGCAAAAUUGGACAUUAUGUUCGGAAACUCGCUGAAGAUAGUGACGUCGAAUGGGAGGAUCCGGACGAAGGCAUACCUACAGAUUGGCACAAAGACGAUGAUCUUUUCUCCCCUUCCCUCUUCCCAGAAGCACUAGCUGCGGUAUGUCCGCUGUGGAGAGAAGCCAUGAAUUGUGUCUCAGUCUUCUGGACUCGCCUUGUCAUCAUCGUCGGACAACAUCCCACUCCUCUAUCCGAGAUUAGCUCCUACCUCACCUUCUCACGCAAACAUCCUAUUGACAUCAUCAUUACUCACCGCCCCCAGGACGUUAACUCGAGCGACACCUCAGGGGAAGUUAGAGUAGCGGAGAUCAUGGAAUUACUGCUCCCUCACAUUGGGCGCUGGAGAAAAUUGCACAUCAAUGUUGCUCUAGAGUCUUCACUCCCUUCUCGCAUUUCAGAUUUACGCGGCAACGCGAGUGCUUUGACCAGCCUUCGUUUGGAAUCCAGCUCCCCAAGAACAACGAGAAUGGACAGAAUACUUCGACUAGUCGAGGACUUCCAAACUCCCGCAUUGCAGGAACUCGUAUCGGAUGGAUACGUCUUCCGCGAUGCCUACCUCUCCUCCCCGAAGUCUCUCGCCUCUAUAACCACCCUGACCAUUUCACACUUCAGCGCCUGGAACUUCGUGGGAGACAGCAAGCUAUUCUUUGUCAGCGAACUCGUGGUAUGCCUGCACCGUCUGCAGAACCUCACGGACCUGCGCCUGGUAGAUCUGGUCCUGGAUGACUUCAUGACAGUAUCUCGACUACCGCAGAAUGCUUCACUCGACAUCGAGUCCGUGCGCUUCGAGGGCAUGCACGGCUCGAACCUGUCCAAUUUCUACUAUGUUGCAAACCGCCCCCGGUUCACCUACCUAACUUUCGGCCGGUACACGCUCCCGCACCGCAUCAGCAUGGGCGGGUGCAUGGAGCUGAACCUGUCCGACCUUUCGCCGGACUCGGAUAUUCAUGCAUUGCUGCAGGACUGGGACGGCGAUUGUGAUAAUGCCCUAUCUGUUUCGAAUUGCUCCAGCUUCGACGGUCGCGUCCUGCUACAGCUCUCUGUUGCAGCAAAUGGGGAGUGGCUGUGUCCCAGAAUGACGUCCCUGGACGUUGAGGACUGUCCCUUAUUCAACAGUGGGGAUCUCCAGAGAAUGGUGCAGGCGCGUCGAGAGGAACACGCCAAGUCUGGCUUCGCCGAUGAGGGCGAUCCCAAUUUUACGAUUCCGUCCAUUGAACACCUUUCGGUAUCGCACAGUGGCGACCUCACGAGCGAAGACAAAGCGUGGUUCGACAAGAACGUCAAGUAUGUGACUUGGGAUGAGUGGACGGGAGGGUACGAAUACGGACAGUUCACUGGAAGGAGGCGACAAUGA